AUGGAAGAUGGAGACUACGACACCAACACGGCAGCAUUGUCGAUGAACAGCAACAACGACAAUGGUGGCGCCAACAAUAAUGGCAGUAAUAACAAUGAUGGAGAACGCACGGGACGCACGCGAUCUGUGAGCACUAGCACGAGCAACAGCAACCACCGACGCAGUAUGUCUGGUUCUCUCCUAUCGAAGCUGUCGUUCUUACGGACCACGAAUCAAGCCACGGUGGCAUCGCCAGAACAACCCGAUCAGUCAAUUCCAAACGGACGAGGAUAUGACGACGAAAGCAACGAUGUCCCUUCCGGUGGAAUGAGUAACUUGCGCGGUGGGAAAGCGAUGGCGAGUGCAUUACAGCAACAGCGGAGGACACGGAGGAGGAGGGGCUCGUUGCGCAAGACGGCGUUGUUGGGUACCCGGCUUGAGUCGAAGAAGAUGAAUAAGGGUGCCGGUGGUAGUAAUAACAUGAUGGACGUUUGGCGGAGUGAGGAUGCUGCGAAAGGUAUGUCCACGCGACCGUUUACCAAUUCUGUCUCUGCUACGAGUGGAACGGAAUCGAUGUCGCAGUCGCAGGGGUCGUUUGAUCGGGGAGGUCGUGAGAAUAACAUGCGAUGGGGAUAUGCCAAUGCGCACCAGAGAAGGGUUUCUCGAGGCUCGUUUUCGCGCCAUGAGCCGAAUCUCACUCGGAACAAGCUGCUCGGUGACGAGACGGUUACUGACGACGAGGAUAUGAUUUCCUUUACGCGCCGUGAUAAUGUCGAAAAUGACGAGAAUAAUAAUAAGAAGAACACCGCCAUCGCCGCCGCUUGCUUGAAGCAUAAUCCCCUCACAUCGCCUUCAUCGAGCUCAGAUUCAUACUUCCUCCAACCAGACUCGACAUACGGAGCCGUCCACCGCACUAAAUCACCCGUCGCAACGCACCACCACCCCGCCGACCAUCAAGAGAUCAUCUGGGACUAUUCCGAAACCGAAUGGUGGGGAUGGAUUAUCCUGAUCGUAACAUGGCUUGUUUUCGUUGUGGGAAUGGGAAGCUGCUUCGGAGUCUGGAGUUGGGCCUGGGAUGUUGGAGAGACACCAUAUGCGCCGCCGGAGCUCGAGGAUGAUCCCACGCUGCCGAUUGUUGGGUAUUAUCCAGCGUUGAUUAUUUUGACGGCUGUUAUGUCGUGGGUAUGGGUUGUUGUUGCUUGGGUGGGGAUGAAGUAUUUCAAGCAUGCGAAUAUAUCAGGAGAGGAUAUUUAG